CUAAUGAGUUUCCAAUGUCUAUAUUGGUUAUGAAAAUAGAAUCCGAAGACUGAGAGAAUAAUUUUGGAGGAGAAAUCAUUAUCCACUAAGAUUUAUAUCAAGAGGUACUUUGAUUAAAUCCAUUAAGGGAGCCAUGGAACAUUUUCUUUAAUUUUCAAUUACAUAUAUUAUGAGGCUGUCAAGAAUAACUGGGAGCUGAUCAUAGCAACCCAAGACAUACGCUGCAAGUCAAUGCCCUUUCCCAACAAACACGUUGGAAGUCAACAUCAUUCCUACUUCCUCCAAGCUUGGGAGGCUUAGUAUACAAGGCUUUGCCUAUAAAGCUCGUUUCCGCUCUACGUUAUCCGCUACAUGUUAUCCAUAUCUCUUCUUCUUUCCUUAAUCUUCACCACUUCAGUUUCAUCCAGAUUUUGUUGCCUCUUUGGUGCUUCAAGCUCUGAAACAACAUGGAUGGUGGACUAACAUUGACCUGGCUGAUCGUUCUUCUGGUUAUUAUUUCCUUGCACAACUCGAGAUGGGUUUCAGGGACCUUCCAUGAAAACCAGUCUAGUCGGUGGAAGCUCGCGGCGAAGGAAGGGUUCAUAAGCAUCGAUUGUGGGAUAGCUCUAGGCUCCUAUUAUACAGAUGGUGAAACCAAGAUAGAUUACAUUUCGGAUACAGGAUUCAUAGAUACUGGAAUCAAUUAUGAUGUUUCCAAAGAAUACGUUGAUAAAGAUACCAAUCAACAGCUCAUGAACGUUAGAAGCUUCCCAAAAGGAGACAGGAAUUGUUACACCCUACAACCAACACAAGGCAAGAAUCAUAAGUAUUUGAUCAGGGCUCGGUUCAUGUAUGGGAAUUAUGAUUCCAAGAAUCAACCUCCAAUCUUCAAACUAUAUUUGGGUGUUGAUGAAUGGGACACGGUCAACAUAACAAAGGCCUCUGGUAUUAUCAGGAAGGAAAUCAUACACAUACCAAUUACAGAUGACAUAGAUGUGUGUCUAGUAAACACCAAUUUAGGGACGCCAUUCAUAUCGGUGUUAGAGCUUAGGCAGCUUAAUGAUUCGAUUUAUAAUCCAACUGAACCAGGGUCACUGCUUCUCUAUAAUAGGUGGGAUUUUGGUACACAACAAGAGGAGUGGAAGUUAAUCAGGGACAAAGAUGAUGUUUAUGACCGGAUUUGGAUACCAUUAACACGGCCAUCUUGGUUGUCCAUUAAUUCAUCACUUGUAAGUUCUUCGUUUAGUACCUCUGACUAUAAACUACCAAGGAUUGUCAUGGCGACUGCUGCAACACCUGCAAAUGAAAGUGAACCCUGGAAUGCCUCUUUAAACAUAGAUGAUGAUCCUUCUCAAAAGUUGUACAUGUACAUGCACUUUGCGGAGGUUGAGGAUCUCAAAGGCCAAAUCAGAGAAUUUACCAUCUCCGUGAACGAUGAUGAGUCAUAUGCUGGACCUGUGGCUCCUGCAUACCUUUUUUCAGUCACGGUAUAUAGCAAAUAUUCCGUGAGUGGAAGUACCACAAACGAAUUGUCCAUUUCACUAAAAAGGACAGACAGAUCCUUGCUUCCACCAAUUAUCAAUGCUAUGGAGGUUUACAUGAUAAAAGAAUUCUCACAAUCAUCAACUCAACAAAACGAUGUUGAUGCAAUCAAGACGAUCAAAUCAGAGUACGCAGUGAGCAGGAACUGGCAAGGAGACCCAUGUCUCCCCAUGAAAUACCAAUGGGCUGGCCUGACUUGCAGCCACAGUACUUCUUCCCCUACUAUAAUCUCGUUGAAUCUCACAUCUAGCAAUUUGUCCGGGAAUAUACUUCCUUCAUUUUUGAGUCUCAAAUCAUUACAAAAUCUGGAUUUAUCAUACAACAACUUGACCGGACCAGUGCCAAAAUUUUUGGCAGACUUGCCAUCUUUAACAAUCCUUAAUUUAAAUGGGAACAACCUAACAGGUUCGGUUCCACAGGCUGUUAUCGAUAAGUUCAAGGAUGGAGGAACUCUGAGUCUUGGCGAAAAUCCAAAUCUUUGUCUGUCAGACUCGUGCCAAGGAAAGAAGAAGAAGAAGUUCCUCGUUCCUGUUCUUAUAUCCAUUAUGUCUGCAAUUGUGAUCCUGAUCCUCAUAGCUGCCCUUGCAAUCAUCCGGAAGUUGACCAAGAGGAGAGAAACCAAAGCUACAACCAUAGAGACGGUCACUGAACGCCCCAAAGAGGGGUCAUUGAAGUCGGGGAAUUCUGAGUUCACUUUCUCUGAUGUUGCAAGUAUCACCAAUAACUUUAGCCGUACCAUCGGUAGAGGAGGAUUCGGACAAGUUUAUCUAGGCACUUUGGCAGAUGGCACUCAGGUUGCCGUCAAGGUGCAUUCUGAGUCAUCAAUACAAGGCCCCAAGGCAUUACGAGCCGAGGCGAAACUCUUGACGAGAGUUCAUCAUAAAAACUUGGUUCGUCUAAUUGGGUACUGCAAGGAUGGUACACACAUGGCUCUCAUUUAUGAAUACAUGUCCAAUGGAAACUUGCAAAACAAGUUAUUAGGGAGAGAAGCUGCAGAUGUUUUGAAUUGGAAGCGGAGACUUCAAAUUGCAGUAGAUGCAGCACAUGGAUUGGAGUAUCUACACAACGGCUGUAAGCCACCAAUAGUCCACAGAGACAUGAAAUCUUCCAACAUUCUAUUAAAUGAAAAACUGGAAGCCAAGAUAGCUGAUUUUGGGAUGUCCAGAGAUCUUGAAAGUGGUGCUUUCUUAUCAACUGAACCAGUAGGCACACCUGGAUAUCUUGAUCCUGAAUACCAGUCGACGGGAAAUUUGAAUAAGAAGAGCGAUGUUUACAGCUUUGGGAUUGUUUUGUUGGAGCUAAUCACCGGCCAGCCUGCAAUAAAGAACCCUGGGCGAAUUCACAUAGUUGGAUGGGUUAGUCCUAUGAUUGAAAGAGGGGACAUUCAAAGCAUCGUUGAUCCAAGGUUACAAGGAGAUUUCAACACCAAUUCUGCCUGGAAAGCUGUAGAGAUAGCCUUAGCAUGUGUAGCAUCAACAGGAAUGCAAAGGCCAGAUAUGAGUCAUGUAUUGGCAGACUUGAAGGAAUGCUUGGGGAUAGAGGUGGCUUCCAGGAGAAUUCAAAGUGUAGGUAGCCACAGCAUCGGAUCAGGCAAUUUCCUGGAAGAUAGUCCCUGGGUUCUUACCACUCAAUCGGCUCCCCACGCUAGGUGGUUUAUUGGAAGCUCCAUUUUAAUCUUAUAAAUUUGCUUAAUGUUAGCAUGUGGGAAUAUGGAUUAUGGUGCACUCUAUACUUUGAAUUGUGUUCAUGAAAAAUACUAUAUUUGGUAAUUGUACCAAAUUUCUCACAAACUUUAAUAUUUGAAAAACAGACCCUAGUAGGAUUUCACUUAAGAGAGCACUUCAAUUAUUGUGUGACAAUCUUAAUU